AUGACCGACUCUUUUAAACAGUUGAAGCAACUUGCAGAAGACACUGCACCCCAAACCUCUUUCUACCCAGCCCAACCCCUCCCCUCCAGAUGGGGGCUUCAUCAUCCGCCAUUCCUGGAUGAUGUUAGCCGGAAGGCUCAAAAGCACUACUAUAGAAUUCUCUUCAACGAAACAUUGUCGAUAGCUGAGCAAAGGAACAUGAUCAUGGUCUGGGCUAAGAAAAAUAACGUUACGGUAGGUGAAAUGGCUAUGACAGGAAAAGUCAAGAGCUUCUACGGUAAGAUGGGGAAGCGCAUGGAGGAGAUGAACCACAAAGUAGCCAAGCUGAUUGACGCCCUACCAGUGGCUCUUAAGAACCUCACUGCAAUAAUGAAGAACGAGAACCAGACGAUUCUCCAAUUUAUUCUCGAACUAUUUCAGAAGUUCAUUAAUGAGGCGGCGCGAGAAUCAACAUCCUCCAUUGUACCAUUAGGCCGUUGUUCCAUUGAGCAAUGCUGUCUCUUUGUGAAAAUAGUUCAAUUACAAUGGAAUGAAAAGCUUAUGGAUGUCCAGAGCCUCCUGUAA